CUGUGGUGAAAUUUACGGUGGAGUCUCUCCCGAGCUAGAAAGCCUACUACGUCUCUACUGCCCGUAUGCGUCUCACUACCGCCUUCAGAGAUGUGAACACGAGGACGCUUGGUAGAUGAGUGUACGUGGACAUUUGGAGAACAAGUCAACACACUUUGUCAGACAAGAGAUGGGUGAUUCCCUCAGGAUCACCAUUCGCACGUUGCGGAACACAGAUACGCACCACUUAGCUCCUUCCUUUCUUUCCAGUCUGUCAUCACUCCUUGCCUAUUGCCCAGUCCCGCUCCCUGAAUAUCUCCCCAGAAAUCACGGCCAUCGUCAGCCACGAGUACAUCCCAAUUGUCCUCUGCUGUGCUGUCGACAUGGCGGUCCAAUCAAUCAUAUACGUCCUCUUUGCCACCGGUGAGGGUGAGUACGUCGGCGCAGGAGCUGACUUCACGAACCAUCAGGUGAAGCGAGAUUUGGGCGAAGGAUUCGAUUCUCCAGAUGGUCCAUUUGAUUUUCCCGUUGCUCCCGAAAUUCUACCCGCGUGGGCCCAGGGUUGUAUCAGCCGUGCGACUGGUUUUAGGGCACCUAACUGCCAGAUGAUCGCUCCAUUUCUGAGGGUCCUGCCUCAUUCGGCUGGUUGCCCCACCGAGUUCACCUCCACUUGCGUUCAUUGGUCAUUUUGAACCCAAAAAUUUCGUCGCACGUUGAGGUUGAUAUUCAAGCCUGGCACUCGACAGGUACAGAGAGCACCUUUCUCCUACUCCUGGACUUAUUCCUCUCGCUUGUGAAAUGAUGACUCCAAGAUUGAGGCGGCGUACCGUGUGACAAAGCACGGAUCUAUUGGCUAUUGUUGGGAUCGGGGUGAGGUCGUCAACUGCG